UAUGGUGCAGAUAACACCGAGUACGCACUGUUGGGUAGUUCCUGACGUUCAGUUCCUGACGUUCCUUGUCUGCCGUUGACAACAGCAAGCGGCUGACCACCAUCCACAUUGACCACAGCAAGCAAACGGCAGAAUGGAGUCGAGAGUGCGUCCCUCGAAGAUUCCAACCAAAGAGGAAGUGACGCACAAGGGACGCCAGGAGAGACCAAGGGGGCUGUUACCAGUCUUGCUUGUCGUGACAGUGCUUCACACAGCAGCCUUUAUCGGCCUAUCGGUCUAUACCAACAACAGAAUACAGAUCCUAGAGACAACAAACGAGCAUGUGUUUCGGACCACUGUAAGAAAUGCUGUCGUGGAGGAACUGGCUGAUAUUCUCACGAGACUAAGUGAUGGCAUGGUUAAUGACACCAGACGACAGGAGUUAUACUUGCAGUUACAUGCGUGGGCUGCGCCCCCUGACGGUCAAAGCACUCGACAACGGUCAAAAAGACAGAGCCCUGGCGAUGAACUUGGAUCUAUCUUUGACGAAAUGGCACAGAAAGAGCUUGCAAUAUUUGACCGAUACUGCGGAAAUGCCAGCAAGAUUUGUUUGCCAGGUCCACAAGGUCAAAAAGGUGAUCCCGGAGCUCAAGGUAUAAAAGGUGCAGCCGGAGGUCAAGGUUUAAAAGGUGACAUCGGUCCUCGAGGUUCAGAUGGAAGCAAAGGCGAGGCUGGCAUCGCUGGGCCACAGGGUAUCAAAGGGGAUGCUGGACAGCAAGGGGAGAAAGGAGUGCCAGGCGAAGCUGGCAGCAAAGGGGCUGGGGGUGAGAAAGGUGAACGUGGCGACAAGGGAGAUGCUGGAUCUAAUGGUGUAAAAGGCGACAUUGGGCCAAUAGGUCCCCAGGGUCAAGUGGGCCCUCUUGGUCCAAAGGGAGAGAGAGGUGCUGAUGGACCAACAGGACAAAAAGGUGACACGGGACAAACAGGCCCACAAGGGCAAACUGGUCCAUCGGGUGCAAAAGGGAGCGAUGGGGCUGAUGGACCUACAGGGCAGAAAGGUGUGCCUGGCGAAGUGGGCCCUUCGGGACCCACAGGUCCUUCCGGGCUUAAAGGAGACGCAGGAGCCAAUGGAACUCCAGGAGAGAAAGGGGACCGUGGUGAAACAGGCCCUCUGGGACCAGUUGGACCCUCUGGUCCAAAGGGAGAAGAGGGAAAAGCUGGUAUCGAAGGGCAGAAAGGUGACGUCGGACAAACAGGUCCCCAGGGGCCAUCUGGUGACAAUGGAGAUAAGGGCGCUGAUGGAACCCAAGGACAGAAAGGUGAUCCUGGAGAAGCAGGUCCUACAGGCCAAGUCGGACCGACAGGUGAAAAGGAGACAGGGGAAAUCCCGGCACUGCAGGCAAAAGGUGAUCCCGGUAGUGCGGGACCUAUUGGCCCAGAUGGACCUGCAGGAGCUAAAGGAGAGACUGGCGCCGAUGGACUUGCUGGACAGAAAGGUGAACGGGGAGAUGUUGGUCCAAUGGGACCAUCUGGUCCUGCAGGUGCAAAGGGAGAAACGGGCGAUGUGGGAAUCCCGGGUGCAAAGGGCAGUACAGGUGAUCCCGGUGAAAAAGGUGAGAAAGGUUCAGACGGUACUCCAGGAGUUGCCGGUUCUCAGGGAAAGGAUGGCCCACCUGGUCCUGCAGGUAUCAAAGGAGAAAAAGGAGAGGCAGGGGUGUGGUCUCCAGGCAUGCAAAGCUGCUGCACCUCGCUGCGCAAACCCGAACUGAGUCCUUUGUCCGUGGACGUGAAGGUGGCGGAGGUCAGUCCGUGGCCUUGAAGCUGCGCACCUGACGGCUUCCCUCCUGCCACAGUGUCAUGGCAACCGGUUGAUGUUAUUAACGAUCCACGCUUCGUUGUCCAGACAAACCAACUGCUCAUUUCUGACGUCACACUGAGUGAUGCACGUGUCGUAACGUGCACUGCAACCAACGUCUGGGCGCCACGACCAAAACCUUCAACUUGCGAGUACUGCAGCACCUGAUCAUCGCCUCAGCGCCCAAGAACCUGACGGUGAUAGAGGGAAGUCCUUUCCGACUGGAAUGUCGCUUCAGCAGCGAUCCGCCACCAUCCAUCACCUGGUACUACGUGUCUAACAACGGCAUACGCCAGGUCGUGACGUCAGGGGUGACGGGAGACAAGCGGUCUUUCUAUCCUCGACAAGGACAAGGCGCGGGUGGGCGAUGCCGGGAAGUAC